UCCAGCCGGCGGCGGUUGUUGUUCGGCGGCGGCGGCCGCAGCUCGGGUGCAGCCUCGGCCGCCCGCCCGCCCGCCGGCCGGUCCGCGCGCGGCCAUGGAGCUGGAGGUGCCGGACGAGGCGGAGAGCGCCGAGGCGGAGGCCGUGACCUCGGAGGCGUCCUGGACCACGGAGAGCGGCGCGGCGGCAGGCUUGGCACAGAAGAAGAUGGUCCCGACGGAGGCCCCGCUGAUGACUGGACAGCCGGGUCCUGGCCACGGGAAGAAGUUGGGUCAUCGGGGCGUGGACGCAUCUGGCGAAACCACCUACAAGAAGACCACAUCCUCCACCCUGAAGGGGGCCAUCCAGCUGGGCAUCGGCUACACGGUGGGCAAUCUGAGCUCCAAGCCGGAACGCGACGUGCUCAUGCAAGACUUCUACGUCGUGGAGAGCAUCUUCUUCCCCAGUGAAGGCAGCAACCUCACCCCCGCCCACCACUUCCAGGACUUCAGGUUCAAGACCUACGCACCCGUCGCCUUCCGCUACUUCCGGGAGCUCUUCGGGAUCCGGCCGGACGAUUACUUGUACUCGCUGUGCAACGAGCCCCUGAUCGAGCUGUCCAACCCUGGCGCCAGCGGCUCCCUCUUCUACGUCACGAGCGACGACGAGUUCAUCAUCAAGACGGUGAUGCACAAGGAGGCCGAGUUCCUGCAGAAGCUGCUGCCCGGCUACUACAUGAACCUCAACCAGAACCCGAGGACGCUGCUGCCCAAGUUCUACGGGCUGUACUGCGUGCAGUCGGGCGGCAAGAACAUCCGCGUGGUGGUCAUGAACAACAUCCUGCCGCGCGUGGUCAAGAUGCACCUCAAGUUCGACCUCAAGGGCUCCACGUACAAGCGGCGGGCGAGCAAGAAGGAGAAGGAGAAGAGCAUCCCCACCUACAAGGACCUGGACUUCAUCCAGGACAUGCCCGAGGGGCUCCUGCUCGACGCAGACACCUUCUCCGCGCUCGUCAAGACGCUGCAGCGGGACUGCCUGGUGCUGGAGAGCUUCAAGAUCAUGGACUACAGCCUGCUCCUGGGCGUGCACAACAUCGACCAGCAGGAGCGCGAGCGGCAGGCCGAGGGCGCCCAGAGCACCGCGGACGAGAAGCGGCCUCUGGGCCAGAAGGCCCUGUACUCCACGGCCAUGGAGUCCAUCCAGGGCGGGGCCGCGCGCGGGGAGGCCAUCGAGUCGGACGACACGAUGGGUGGGAUUCCCGCCGUGAAUGGCCGAGGGGAGCGCCUGCUGCUGCAUAUCGGCAUCAUCGACAUUCUGCAGUCCUACAGGUUCAUCAAGAAGCUGGAACAUACUUGGAAGGCUCUUGUCCACGAUGGGGACACUGUCUCUGUCCACCGGCCCAGCUUCUAUGCAGAGCGCUUCUUCAAGUUCAUGAGCAACACAGUCUUCCGGAAGAAUUCCUCCCUGAAAUCUUCACCGUCCAAGAAGGGCCGUGGAGCCUUGCUGGCUGUCAAGCCCCUGGGACCCACAGCUGCCUUCUCGGCCAGCCAGAUCCCCAGCGAGCGGGAGGACGCACAGUACGACCUCCGGGGGGCCCGCAGCUACCCCACGCUGGAGGACGAAGGUCGGCCCGACCUCCUGCCCUGCACGCCGCCGUCUUUUGAGGAGGCCACCACCGCCUCCAUCGCUACAACCCUGUCCUCCACGUCUCUCUCCAUCCCGGAGCGGUCUCCCUCGGAGUCAUCAGAGCAGCCUCGGUACCGGAGGCGCACACAGUCUUCAGGACCCGAUGGCCGGCCCCAGGAGGAGACACAUGCAGAGGAGGACCUGCAGCAGAUCACGGUGCAGGUGGAGCCCGCGUGCAGCGUGGAGAUCGUGGUCCCCACAGAAGAGGACGCGGGGGUGGAGGCUUCUCCAGCUCAUGCCUGUGCGGCUGCCGAAGCAGAAACCACCAGCCAGGCCUCGGAGCCCGCCAGCCAGGCCUCGGAUGAGGAGGAUGCACCCGCCACAGACAUCUACUUUUUCACCGAUGGGAGGUACUGGAUUUACUCUCCCCGGCAUCGCCGACUGCGGGCCGUGACGCUGAGCUCCUCAGGGACUCCCACCGAUGAGAGGAGCUGGGUGUACUCCCCGCUUCACUAUAGCGCGCACGCCCACCCAGCCUCCGACGGCGAGAGCGACACCUAAUUUCUAUGCAGUCACCGACCCGGAGCCGAGCGCCCACCGCCGCCCCGGCUGCUCCCCGGAGGCCCGCCCGCAGGACCUGGCUGCACGCCGGCCGCCGCCGCCGCUCCCGUCAACUACCUAUGCCUGUGAGACUGUGAACCUCCCUGAGUGUCCGAUCAUGUAUUUAUUUUGGGUCCUUACUCUUUGCACAAAGACGGCAGCACACAUGUGCUUUUUUAGAAAAAGAUAAAAAAAAAAAAAAAAAAAAGGACGUGUCGCGGGAAAAGAAGAAAGUCCACUGCACUUUGUGGUUCUUUGCUGUGCUUGCAUGUGUCUCCCGGAGGGAACAAGGCCUGUGGGCUCGGGGUGCCGUGCCCCCGGGGCCGGGCCCCCCCGGCUGAAAUCCACACUCCGAGGCUCUGUCUCUCUCCACUUGGACGGGAUGCGGAGGAAGGAAGGGCCCCACCUGCAGCCCAUGGGCUCAGGUUUCCGGGCCAGGCACUGGACAUCCGACCGUGGGAGGUGGCUGACCAGUGGUCCGGGGGCGACUCUCCACCCUGCCGAAGCCUGUAACCUCUACGAGUCUGUUUCCGACCACCUCACCUGCCAGGUGACUCAUGAGCAGUAUGGCCGGGGGCCACCCCUCUCGCCGGAGCUCAGGACUGUGGGCCUGUCUGUGCUCCCGGCGUGGCCCGCUCAGUGUCUGGCAGAGGGCCUGAGCCGGGGAGGCGCGCUGGGCCCUCAGGCCGUGGGACUUGCCGAGAGCCGGUCCUGGAGCAGGGGCCCUCCCGUGCUCACGCUGCUCGGCUGUCCAGUAAGAGAUGCUCCUCCAGGCCUGGGAUGGGCUUUGGGCUUUCUCUUUAAGAUGCUGACAUGAACGCAAGUUAAAGGAUAGGAGACAAAAUUCCUCACGAAAAAUAAAUUUUUUUUCCGGUUUGUUGUCCUCAGCAGGGGCAGCCCCCCCCCCACUUUGGGCUCAGAGAGCUCACCGUGUCACUGUGGGCGCCAACAGCAUGGCAGUGUCCAUCCUGUCCCCACAGAAAUGCACUCCCGCCUCCUGAGAGGUGGCAUGGUGGGGAUGGUCUCCCCCUAACCGCUCUGCCCCCCACUGGCUUGCUUGGGAGGAGCUGGGAGCUGGCUUGGAGCAGAAGCUGUGCCUUCUGGAAGAAUUUCUCCCGGCCCUUGCCUUCCUGGUGGAAAACCUACUGAUCCAGGAGAUAGAUUUUCCGUGUCCCUCAUCUCCCCUCGCCUGGCUCUCUUCUUGCGCCUGGAGGGAGCCUGUUGGCCUGGCUGCCAUCGGUCCAGAGCUGCCAGGGAAUGUGCCAGCGUGCGGCCCUGAGAGAAGGCAAUCCUGAGAGGAUCCGUCAGAACAAGCCCGUGGGUGUCCCCGAUUAGAAGCAAAGUGAUGUCCUCCCCCUCUUGCCCAAGGAGCCUUUGUCCAGAGGCAGAAAGCGUCCUCACCUGGAUUUCAGAUCAGCAUCUCUGCAGGUGCCCUGGCUGCAUGCUGGGAGUUGUCAGCCCAUCCCUACCCUUUCUCGCCAAGGAAGGUGGCGACUGAGCAGACGGAGGUCUGAAGGGGUAUCUCAGGCCUUGGUGACUGACAGGGACAACUAUGUCACCCAAAAGCCGGCAUUGGGAGUCCCCUCCCAGCCCCCAAAGGUCGGAUGUUCAGGCACAUUGUGAGUUCUGUGGGGAUGACCAGAGCAGCAGGCACAGUCCUCGUGGAGCGGUGUGCCCUGGACACAGGACGCUGACAGCCACCUGGAGCUUUAGGAGACAGGAGGGGAGCCCUGCUUGUCCCCGCGGGCUUUCCUAAUUGAAUCACGAAACAAAGGCAUCACUUAGAUGCUGACACUUGAGAGAAAUUUGCAAGCGUCCUGGAUAUCAUGAUGUUUCUAUUUUUGUGUUAGGUCCCAGAGACCCCUUUGGAGACCUGUUUUGUGUUGGUUGCUUUCUUUGUCCCUUUUCAGAGAACUGUCACGUGGAUGCUAAACGUGGUCUGCACACUGUGCCGGUGGGAGUGUUUGCUUAUUAUGUUCCGGGGGUGGGGGGUGGGGGGCAGGAAGGCAAGACCUUAUUUAUAAUGUGUAGCAAAUUCAGGGCCUUUCCCAGGCUCCGCCCCCCACCCCCCUUCCCCAUCCCAGGAAGGCCCUGGACCCACCCAGCUGUGCCCACCCCCAGCAUAGAAAUCUGAGUUCCUUUGUGGCUCGUCCCCAAUGACUGCUGUCCCUGAGAUGGCUGCUGUCCCUGAGAGAGGAGAGCCUGGGCACUGUCUGGAUUGCUGUGCUGUGAAAACAAAAGGCAUUUCCUGAGACUGACAAGGUGCAACUUCCUGAGAGCCCCUGCCAGCCUCCAGCCUCCGGCCUCCCGCCUCCCGCCUCCCCUCGCCCCUCCCUCCACCACUUGGCUCAGUGCAAUACUCCCGGUGGGGUCCCUUGCCAUGGUACUGUCGCUGCAGCCCCUCGGUCUGCUCCCUGGGCCAGCGCCCUCCACCGCCUUUUCUCUGGUGGCUCAGUUGCAUUGCCUGUCCCCGCCCCCAAUGUCGUUUUUAUGGUCGAACUGAUUUCAACACAAUGAAACUGCAAACCUCGUGUGUCUUAAUUCUCUCUGGGGGUUCUGUGUGCUCAGCCCCCGUGGUCUGGGGUGUGACAAUCCGGAGCGCGGCCUCAUCAGGCACAGAACGCCGUCUCUUUCAAACCCAGAGCCAUGGGCACCUCUGUAACUGUGCAGUCCUGCUGGCCCCAAAUAACAUAUGCAGCCCCCGGCCCCUAUCCUCCCUACCGCCCCUCCUCCUUUUUACGUUGAAGAGUUCUCUCUAAUAAAAUCGGGUAAUAAGCAUCA